AUGCAGAGUCUACACCGGGUAUUGGCCGUAUUACAGGUACAGUUUGCGAUUUCUAUUUUAUAUGGUAAUAAAAAAGAAUAGUCUUAAAUUCUCUUCGCGCUGCUUUUCGAAUUGAAAAAAAGCCUUAAAAUUUAAAAUUUAAACUUUCUUAUAUGUUGGAGGUUCGCCUCGUCGUUUUAUUUUGGCUGAACAGUAUUUUAAAAACGCCCUAGCUUUAAUUUAGCUUUGAAAGAUGUACACUUUUGCUUUCUAGAAGAAAUAUAAAGUCCGAACGCUUGUAAUUUUUGACCACAGGGAAGGAACUGACAGUUUUUGGCGUCAUUGAGCAGCAAUGAUUUUGAUAAUAAGCAAAAAGCGCAGUUUUUCCGACGUUUUUGGUAUCAGAAUUUUCUAAAUUUUCGCCAAGUUUCGACCGGAGCCCUUUUCUCGAUUCCUAAUGAGCAAUAUCUCGUAAUUUUUCGUUUUAGAACAGAGCCUGUAGUCUUGAACGUUUACGCAGCGUAAAUGUGACCUCGUGAAUGAUUUUGAAGCAAUCUUUAACCUUGAAUCUUUCUUUUUUCAUUUUUCCUUUUGAAUCUUGAAGCAAUCUUGAAUUUUUUUCACGGAUCUGAGAACAUUUUGAGCUAGAAGGUUUGAAUAAAAAUAUAAAACGAUAGGCUUUUCAUUCAAUUUGACGCUGCAUAGAUGUAAAUGAACCUUGUUUAAAAAAAUCUAUUUUUCAAAAAUUUUUGGGUGGUAUGAAGGAAAAAAACCCUCGUUUUUUGAACGGCGACUUUUUCGAUUGUUUCAGUUUCCGACUAUUUCCCUAAUAUUUUUUUUUCGGUUUAUAAAAUAUCUAUCAGCAUUUUUUUAUCCUUUUUCAUUGUGUUUUUAAUCAGGAAUCAACUACUUAUUUUAUAUAGGAAACUUUAAAGAUUAUCAAGAAAAAAAAUUUUUUAGCGAUAAGAAAAAAUCGGAAAAGUCGCCGUUCAAAAUUUUCAUACUACCAAGUUUUGAUUUGUUUAUGGUCUCAGUUUCGAUCCGAGAAAUCUUCGUUCUCACUGGUCGUGUACAUAGAAUAGCACACAACAUUUGGCGCAUCCGUGGCCUUGGCACAACAAAACCUCCUUCACAAGUGUCGGUUCCCGCGGGUUCAAUUUGUGUGUUGAAUUGAAUCGAGCCUCCGUUUUCCAGGAAAAUAAUAAUUAGAAAGUUUCUCCGAACAAAUAAUCUAUCGGCUUUCAAUUCCAAAGUUUCAUGUUCCAUUUGACCGAAGUGAAAAAAAAGACAAACGGCUCAAUUUUUUUUUCGAUUGACCCCAAAACCGCAUUCGCAGGCACUUUCUUCAUUCCUUGGGUUAUUAUUACAUUGAAUCGCGACUGUAAUUAGAACCUCGAGAAAAUGAAAGAGUUAUUCGUAAAGUUUGAGCCGGAAAACUCGAAGGAGAGUGGAGAAAAAGAGUCAAUUUUUUGAUUUUUUCGAAUUUUUUUUCGUUCAUUAAACCAUUAGAAAAAUUGUUAUAUUGAGAAAUAAAAAGUUUUUUUUCAAACAGAAGCCUAAUGAAUGAAGUAAAAAAAAAGCCUGAAAGACAAAAUUAUUCAGAUUUUGUCUUUGAAGGCAUAGGGGCAAUAAAAACAGGAAUUAAAAUUAAAAAGGAAAAAAAGUUCAUUGCGAAUCGAACGGUGUAUUCAAAAAGUCAAUGAUAUGACUAUUUUUGAAGAAAAACGCGAUUUUAUCUUCUCGCCUCUUAAUUUUGAAAGAUGCUUUCACCUGAAACCCGGUUUUUUACUGCCCCUAUGCCUUAAAAAGCGUUGAAAAGGAUGACAAAAUUCAAAAAAAGUAAAUGUUUCAAAAAUGAUUUUCUCGUUUAUUUUCUCUGCUUUAUUUCAAGAGUGAAUUUUCUACUCCCAGAGCAUUUUUGUUUCAUAUUCUCAAUAGGAAAUAAUUUUGUUUUUUUUUCAGUAGUUUUGAGAAGAAAUCUCUAUAACUUUUAUAAAAAAAUUUUUCAGUUCCUUCUCCUCACCAAUGCAAAAACCAUCGACAACCGGCUCGUUGGUAUCAAAAAUAUAUAUAACCCAAGAAAAAGUUUUUCUUAAAGGUCUACCCAAAGUCGAAUGCGGAUCGAGUAAAAUCUCAUUCAGUGCGGAAACGGAAGAAGUUUUCGAAGGGCAGGUGGAUUUUCCUGGAAUUUUCUUGUAAAAUCAAUAUUUUCAGCUGUAUAUCAAAGGAUACCGACGUUUUGAGGAAUGCUACACUUUAUUCGAAUCUUCCGAAAAUACCAUAAAUCCAUCUUUUUCAUUGCCAUUGAGUAAAUUGGCCGCCUGUGGGAUUGAUAUGCAGAGAAAAGUUGGUGAUUUACUUUGUUAAUGAUAUUUAUUUUCAGGCAGAACAAAAAUAAAAAUGUACUGGAUUGAAUUUGAUGAAGAAAAAUUGGCACUUAAGCCAGUCUAAUUUUCCUGCAGUUAUAUUUAAAAGUAGAACAGUUUAGGCAAGUUUAGAGAUUCUUAGUCUGAGAAUAGAUACAACUAUUAUUUAGCAUGAUUCCAACCAGAGAAAAAAUAAUAAAUUUUUCAAAUAAAUCUCAAGAAACGAUUCUUUUCUGAAGCUUCCACUGGAAAUUCCAGUAAUAAUACCAGAAUGUUCACAGAGUCGCUAGAAACUUCAAAAAUCACGUAGUUUAUAGGCAAAGUAAGAAAGGGGUGAAAAAGGCUCGAGAAAUGUUCCUUUUAAGUGGCCAAAGGUUACUGUUUUGCUGCCUUUUUGCGCCAUUUUCUCGGCCCUUAUGCACCAUUUUUGCUCUCCUUUCCCAAAAAGUCAUCGCGAGAUUUCAUCAAUGUUUUUAUUAAAUUCAAUGGAAGUCAUUUAUCCCCUAAUGAACGAAAGAAGCACUGAAUAAAAGGAGAGAAAUGAAGAAAAGUAUAUGGUUUGAAACGUAUGUAGGCGGGUCAGUACUUGAUGUGAUAUGUUAGAAAUGACUGAAACGUGUUUUUUGAAAUUUAAAGGUGUUAGAAUCGAGGGUUUAGAGAUUUCGAGAUUUUCAAACUGGUUCAAAGUAAGGAGAAGCACUGUUUCUAACCGUAUUUGUAAGUUUCUUAAGGUGGAAAAGCGGGAAAAAAUCGCCAUACAUAGGUAAAGUCGGAAGAACCCUUCACAGGCCCUUUGAGCAUCCGUCUGUUUCCAUUAAUUGUUCCUAAACGGGUGGCAAAGGUUCCCUUUUUACUGCCUUUUUGCGUCCUUUCAUCGGCCUUCAUCCACCCUUUUUGGACCCUUUUGAGAAAUAAAUUUUUUGUAAAUUAAGAAUAAUCUUUACAAGUGACUGUGUAUGAACCACAAAAUGCUAAAGUAAUAAAUUCGGAAAUCAUCAAUAGCAGAAACUUUCAGAACCCUUUUGCACCCUCACCCUUUCUUCACCCUUUUUGCGGCCUCUCCCUUUUUUCGCCCUUUUAUGACUCUUUUUAGCCCACCAAAAAUGAAAGGCUCAAUAAAGGCCGUAAAAAGGGACCUUUUUAGCGGCCAUUUUGCAGUCACUUCCUUUUUGCACCCGUUUUCCGCACUUCCGACUUUGGCAGUGUAUAAAUGUUCCUGUUUUGCUGCCUUUUUGAGCCAUUCCAUCGGCUGUUAUGCACCAAUUUUGCUGCCUCCCUCUUUUUCCACCUUUUCUUAAGCCUUAAAAAUCCCAGGAAAAUGGGAGGCUCGAUAAAGGGAUCCUUUUUCCUGCCUUUCUGCAACCUUUCUUGAGCCUUUUGGCUGCCUUUUUGCGACCUCUGUUGAGCCUUUUAGCGGUCAUUAUCCGCCAUUCCGACUUUGCGCAAGUUGGAAAAAAAAGUUUGGAGAAAAAUAGUGCCUAACAGCCGAUGAAAAGGCGUAAAAAGGCAGCAAAAAGGAGCCUUUGUCACCCCAAAAGGAACAUUUCUAUGGAGCCUUUUUCCACCCUUUCUGACUUUGCCUAUGAGAAUUAAAUUUUUUCAAACCCGUUUGGAAAUUUCUCAAAAAAGGAGUAUGAUUUCAGCCAAACAAGGCCGGGCUGAAAAUGUCCAUGACUUUCGUCGUGGCCUUCCAUCCGAACUUUGUCACGUCUGGCGAUAGGGCGUUCGCUGUGAACUGCGUUUAUCAGCCGAAAGACGUCCGGGUUCAUACCGACGUGGACAUUUCGGAGUGAGUUUAUUGGAAAAGAGGGAGAAGGAUUGAAAUUGAAUUGAUUUUUGGAUUUGGUAACGUUUUUCCUUCAAAAUGAGGUGAAAGAUGAGAGAUUUUCUAGGUUUCUAGUUCAAAACUGUUCCAGAUCAGCUUACUAUCAAUGAGGAUUGUGAUAGAAUCAAAUAAGCGUAAUUUUUUGAACUUCAUACAGAAAAAAAAGCCAUUAAGAACUGUUAUUCUUGUACUAAUCCAUAUUAUUCUCUCACCAAAAAAAAACUUAUUCGGUAGAAAUAUAGAAAAAAAUAUUUUAAAAGAAAGCAGUUUUUCAGUGAAAUUUGAGUGCACGAAAGUCGGGUUUUAGGUAUUUCAAAAAAAUAAGAGAAAAAAAGACAUCUUCAAAAAAAUAUUUUAGCUUGUCAAUGCCAAAAAAAGGCACAAACCGUUUUUUAAAAAAUCCUACGGAAAACUACUCUUAUUUUCUGGUGAUUUCGAGCAAAGCUAAGAUUUUCAAAAAGGCGAAUAAAUAAAUGAAUAAAAGAAUGUUUCAUUUUGAUAAUGAAUGAAGGACAUCUUCAAAAAAUAUUUUAGCUUGUUAGUUUAACUAUUUUUCGCGUAGUGACUUUUAAAUCUUAUGAGAAAGUUAGGAGAAUUGUUAUUUUUAACCCUAAUAAAAGCUCAGAUCGCCUAAAAUCUUAACUAAAACUGUUAAUUCAUUUUGCGAAUGGCCGAAGCAUAGAUGGGCAAGUACAUAACUCGUUUAGCUGGGGAGGAAAAGUUGGCUUACAGAAAAUUUUAAAAAUGAGGACUAAAAUCAAGCUUCAAUCUCAAGGAGGUAGUUUUGGACACAAUAACACAAGUUAUAGCCUCAUGAAGGUAGUUUCAACUUUAAAUUAUGAAAACUUGGGAGGAGGGGACGGCGGUUUUCAAAAAUGGGCUGCCCAUGUAUGGCCUAUUUUUAAAAAAAAAAAAAAAUGAUAAAAAUUUUUAAAAUCUCGGAUUUUCCGUUGGAAGUGAAACAUGCAGCUUGGGACUCAGGAGAAUCUUGGGAUGUUGGUAACCAGCAGGAGGUUCGAAGGUGUAUGGAAGCUAGAAGGUCUCAAGAAAACCUUUAAAAGGUGUUCGGGAGGUAGAUAGAAGGUAUUUGGAAAGUACCUGCCAGAAGCCUUCCAGAAGACUACUGGAAAGCUUCUGAAAGGCUUCCGGCAGGCUUUUUUUAAGUAGAAGAUGUUCAAAAGUGGAAAGCAUUCGACCAUUUGCUGGAAAGCUUCCAAACGCUUUCCGAGGAACCGAAAGCAGAUCUUCCCAACUUUUACCUGAGUGAGACAAAGAGGAGAUUCAAUGAAAUUUAAAGAAACAGAAGGCUUAAAAUUUGGUGGAUCAGUUUGAAAAUUACAGAAGCAAGAAGCCGUCGCUGCUAGUCAGCGGCUUUUUCGAAGAACUUUCCGCCGAAAUGAACAUUAUCCGGGCUGGAUCUGUCACGAAAUCGGUUUGGAACCUCAAAAGAAUGGUCAUUUUACUAUCAAGUUGGGGAUUUUCUAAAAACUGAUGCGAAACUCCUAGUUUUACUUUUUUUAAAAUCUCUCUCUCUGCGCAAUUUUCUCAGUUUUGAGAGGUUUGUUGGAUCAAAAAUUGGAGAAAUUUUAAAUAUUUGGCCUGAAACCUGAAAAAACCGUUGAAUUUAGCUGAGGAAAUCAACUUCACAGUCGAAUAAAGCCUUCAAAAUUGGCAGUUUUAAGAUUUCGACUUUUUUUUUCGAAAUUAAGGAAUUAUUGUAGGUUGAGACCUUCAGGAUUUUGACCUGGUACAUUUUUAAAAAUUCCAGAUUCUUUUUUACUAUCAAGUUGGGAUAUUUUGAAAAUUGAUGACCAAACUUCUUGGUGUACUAUAAAAAACGCUUUUGAUCUGCACAUAUUUUCUAGCUUUUGAGAGGUUUUUUGAUCUGAAAAGUGAAGAAAUUUCAAUUAUUUGGCCUGAAAAACGAAAAAAACUUUUGUCGAGAAAAUCAGCUUCCGAGUAGAAAAAAGCCGUCAAAAUUGGCGAUUUCGAGAAUUUGGGCGCUUUUUAUUUAAAACUGAGAAGUUUAGUUGAUUGAGAGCAAGGAUUUUCAUCCGGUUUUCAAGAUUUUUAUUCGCAACCGACUUGAAACGACUUGCGCGUCGAAAAAAGUUGGAAAAAAAUUGAAAGCCAUUCUAAAUGUGGCUGUUAUUUUAUAUUCUGAAUUCCACAUUUUCUGACAUUUUUGUGGAAGAAUCGGUAAAAGACCAAGUUGAUAUCGGAGAGCAGCUUCUCAUUAUUUGGUCGGUUCAACAGCCGACUUGUGAGUUUUCCAGAAAAUAAAGGAUGAUUUUUCAUCGUUUCCAGCGAAUUUCUAUGGAGUACGGGUACAAGACUGCGAUGCCGAGACCUCGGAUGGCAAUGGGAUGCGAAUUCUGACCGAUGGAUGUAGUUUGGACCAAGAAUUGGUGUCGGAUGUGAGGUGGGAACGGAGAAAAUGGAUGAGAAAUGUCUAUUUUGGCUUGGGAUCGAUCAAAAAUGAAAUAAUAUUUAUUUAAGUCAGAGUUUCAGGGCGGAUAUUGGAAAAAAAGAAAAAGAAAAAGUGUCUUUUAAAAAAAUAUCUCGCUGAGUUUUUUUGACAGAAAAAUCUUGAGACUUCGGAAUUUUAUUCAGUAGAAGAACCAUUCUUCGUGUUAUAUUGUUUUCUAAAAAACCUCUGCUCUUUUAAAAUCUUCAAAAAGGGAUUUCGAACGGAUUUUCAUCAUGAAAAUUGUGAUUUUGUUGUUAAAUUUAGUAGAAAAUGAAAAAAGUUCAAUGCUUGAUGAGUUUAUCUCAAAAAUUAUGAAUAACUGAUCUUUAUUGAUUUUUUUUUUGGUCAUUCUUCUUUUUUCCGAAUCGAUACUGAAAUGCAUCAUGGAUGGCAGCAAGAAGACUGUUUUCAUUAUGAAAAAUCCAUUCGGAAGCCUUUUUUUAAGUUUUUUUGAAAAGGAAUUUAUUUGAUAUUUUUUUUCAAAGCUGAGCGAUCAUAAUUAAAUGAUUGAUCUCAUUGUCAAUAUUUUUUUGAGGAUAGGGAACCAGAAAAAAAGUAAAUAAGAGUUAUCCAGAGAAUAUUUUUUUCGCCAAAAUUGAGAAAAAAAUCAGUUUUUUUCAAAAUAUUUGGUUGAAAGGUUUACCAUCUUAUUUCAAAUUUAGAUAUCAGUAAAAAAACGGUUCGAAAUCUGAAGUUUAUUUAGAAUAAUAGUGUCAAAAAAAGGAUGGAAACAUGAUUUGGUCGUUUUUUUCAUAUAGUUAAGCGUAAAAUAUUGAGUAAACUUGUUAUUUUAAUACUAGAAAGAUUUUUUUAAUUGAAAAAAAGGAUGAAGGAAUAGAAAAUAUCAGUUAUUUUUCAAAGUUAAAUUCAAGACACAGAAAAAGAAUUCGAAUAUUGCUGUCGAUUUUUUUAAAAAAUUUACUUUUUAAAUCUAGAUUGGAUUGCUAGAAAACUUGAUUUUUGAAUCUUAUCUUCCUUGAAGUAUCUAACGAGUGAGAUAAUUUUUUUGGGAUUAGGAUUUAUUUGAAAAAAAUAGAUUGAAGAACUGGAUGAAGGUCCUGGAAGCCUCAACCUAAACAACUUUCUAGUUUUUUUAAAAAGGACGGCUAAAUUUUUAAAAGAAAAACUCUGAAAGUUAGCUGAGAUAGGACAUCAAUAAACAAGGGCUCAAAGCUUGAAAAUGUCUUAUUUUAAAGGAUUUUGACGGUUUUCUUUGAUUUUAGGGUAUUUUUUUCCCAAAAACUUGGAAGAAUGUGAAGGUUAAGGCUUUCAGAACCUUUUUUUCUCUUGCAUCAAGGCCAUUUUUCAAGAAAUUCUCAACCACAGAGUGACCUUUCUUCCGCACUUUUUCCCUUUUUUUGAGUUCAAAAUAUUAUGAAUGUUUCUUUUCAGCUAUUCCCAAAACUUUGACCGCGCCUUUGCCGAACUCAUCGCUUUCCGUUUCCCGGAAAAUGAUGAGAUUUUCUUCCGCUGCACUUUGAAGCCCUGCCUUCGACGGUAGAUUCAUUAAAGCUUCAAAAAUGGAAAUAAACCGUGGAAAAGUUCAGAUUCGAGCAUUUGCACUUAACUGGACACUCUGAAGAGGAUCUCUGCUCGAGCAAACCUGUGAGCUGAAUAAAAUUGUCGAGAAUAAUAGGGAAUUUCAGAAAUGUGAAGAGCCGGGUCCGGGCCGAAAUCGUCGCGAGUCGAUCCGACAACAGCUUUUAGUUGAUGAAAACGUGAUAGCUGUCAAUAAGGCGCUUAGAAUCGCGGAUUCGUCGGCUUUGAAGGACGCGAAAUCGAGUGCAAAUGGUGAAUUUUCUUUUCCUAAGCUCUGAAAUGAAAAAAAAAACGUCCUUUAGCUUAAAAUCAGGGCCUUCAAGGCUUUAGGAAGACUGGUUUUCUUUGGAUUGCCUGAAAAAUAGACAAAAAAAGGUAUUUUGUACACUGAUCUCAAUGGAAAUGUCUUCAUCGAAGAAAUAUGGAAUUUUUCAAAUUUUGACUACUUCGAGAGUAAAAAAUCAGAAACUAAACGAAUAUUUAACUUUUCCGUUAAAAAUUCGUCAAAAAUGGCAGUUAUUUCCGAUUCGCAUUGUUUUUUCGCAGUGAAAUGAAGUGGAAAUGAUGAUUUUUUUCGAGAUUUCAACUAUUUUUCGAGGUUUCGAUGAGAUCUAACUGAAAAGCUUAUUUUAGGGCACCUAGACUUGAAUUGAGCCCACUAUUUUUUUCAGAAUUUUUUUAUGGAUAAAAUUGAGAAAAAUCAUGAUUCUUGAUGUCUUUGAAGUUUUCUAAUCGAAAAAAAGAAGAUAAGUUUCAAAAAUUCAUCUGCUGGAACCUCAACUAAGCCUUAGAAAAAUCAAAGAAAUUUUUUUAUUUUUUUGCACCGCUUUUUUUUAUUUACGAAUUUAUAAAUCUCUCGCAUCGUAUCAAAUUUAUUAACAAAACUUUUUAUUUUUUUGGGAUUUUGGUUUAUUUGGAAAAAGGAAAAAUAUUACCAAAGGAGCAUUUUUUUAGGUUUUUUUAUCGUUCAAAAAAACUCCUCGAGAUUAUAAAUUCAAUUCAAUUUCAUAACUAAAGUAAGUUAAGCUUUAACUUAGCCCUUUUUAUGAUUUUACAUUCUCAAAAAGUUUUGAAUGGCAGAAGCUUAAUUUUCUGAAUUUUUUUAUUUUGCAAAAGUUUUUUUUGGACAUUUUCUUAGUCUGUUUUCAGUGAGGAACACAGUUGGAAAUUUAUUUUUUUUAUGUUCAAAAUGAAUUAUAUUUGCCUAGUUUUUUUAAGAAUCCAUUAUUUGAGAGUUUUUUUCAAAGUUUCCACCUGAAAUAUUGGUGGUAUGAAAAAAACAUCAGCGAAAAAUUCAAACGGCGACUUUUUCCGAUUUUUUUCAUAUCGCUAGGGAACUUUCCGACGGCCACCUUUCCGACGAAUCCCUUUCCGACUUUUUUUCCCUUAUGCUUUUUCGGUUUAUAAAACGUCUAUGAACAUUUUUUUUCCUAUUUCUAUGUGUUUUAAUUAUGAACAAACUACCUACUUUAUAUAGGAAGAUGUAAAACGAAGAGUUUAUCGAGAAAAAAAAGUCGGAAAAAGUUUCGUCGGAAAGGUGGCCGUCGGAAAAAUCCCUAGCGAUAUGAAAAAAUCGGAAAAGUCGCCGUUUGAAUUUUCGCCGGUGUUUUUUUCAUACCACCGAAAUAUUGCAUCUAUUCACUAGUAAAUUUGUUAUAACUUCCAGAAAGCCGUGGAUUUUGUGUCCCCAGCUUCGUCUACCUGACCGGCCUCUCCACAACCGCCAUUUUCUACGUCACCACAUUUUUCAUCGUCUCCUUCUACACAUUCAAAUCCCGCAAACACUGA